ACUAUAGUAAUCUCAUUUUUAUAGAUGCCAAGUAAAGAUGGAUGUAGACAGCUUAAGGAAGUCACUUGCUCAGAAUGGACAGGAGCAUCUCCUAAAGCACUGGGAUCAACUGACAGACUCUGAUAAGAAAUCGCUUUACAGUGAUCUUUCCAGCAUUAACUACAAAGAGGUAAAUGAAUUUUUUCAUGCUGCAACAGAAUCGCUUGAUGAUGUAUCAGAGAAGUUAGAUGUUUGCAUGUCGCCCAUCCCUGAUGAUGUAUUUGGCAGUGUUAGGACUAGCACACCCAGUGAAAUAGAGGAGUAUGAAACACAAGGUAUGAAGCAAAUCUCGGAGGGUCGUGUUGCUGUGGUGCUGCUUGCUGGUGGUCAAGGUACCCGGCUCGGAGUAAGCUACCCAAAGGGCAUGUACGAUGUUGGUCUGCCAUCAGGAAAGUCUCUGUAUCAAAUCCAAGCAGAGCGUAUAGUCAAGCUUCAGCAACUGGCAAGCGAGAAACAUGGAAAGCCCGGAAAUAUACCCUGGUACAUCAUGACAAGCAAACCUACAAAGGAACCAACUAAAGCCUUCUUCGAAAAGAACAAAUAUUUUGGUCUUGAUGAAAAGAAUGUCACAUUCUUUCAGCAGUGCACCCUUCCCUGCUUCACGUUUGAUGGGAAAAUUGUUUUGGAGAGUCCUUGCAAAAUAGCACAAGCACCAGAUGGUAAUGGUGGGCUGUACAGAGCAUUACGUGUGGGCGGGGUACUGGAAGACAUGCAGCAAAGAAGAGUCAAGUUUGUACACGUAUACUGUGUGGACAACAUCCUAGUAAAGAUGGCUGACCCAGUGUUUAUGGGUUUUUGUAUCAGCAAGGAGGCUGAGUGUGGGAACAAGGUUGUAGAAAAGGUGAUGCCAACAGAACCAGUUGGUGUGGUAUGUCUGGUGAACGGAGUAUACCAAGUAGUGGAAUACAGUGAGAUUACUUCACAGACUGCAGAAAAAAGGACAGCAGAUGGCCGACUUCUCUUUAGCUCAGGCAACAUCGCCAACCAUUUCUUCACCAUGGACUUCUUAAAGGCUGUUGUCAAUGAGAAAGAAAGCAUGCUAAAGCAUCAUGUUGCCAAGAAGAAGAUUCCAUACUGCGAUGGGGAUGGUCAGACUGUAAAACCCACCACCCCAAAUGGAAUAAAGAUGGAAAAGUUUGUGUUUGAUGUCUUCCAGUUUGCCAACCACUUUGCUGUUUGGGAAGCACUCAGGAACGACGAGUUUUCCCCACUAAAGAAUGCAGAUAGUGCUAGUAAAGACACACCAACUACUGCCCGUCAGGACCUGUUCUCUCUUAACCAUCGUCGCAUAGAGGCGAGUGGAGGAAAGCUUGUAAAGGAAGAUGGAACUCCUAUUCCAGCAGCUGUCUGUGAUGGGAAAUCUGUUAUCUUAGAACCACCUACCUGCGAGAUUUCUCCCCUAGUGUCCUAUGCAGGCGAGGGCUUGAAGGAGAAGGUGGCUGGAAAGCAGUUUGUUCCACCUUUCCUGCUGGCAGUGGAUGGAGAAACAUCUUUCACCUCUAACCUGAAGCAGUUCGCCUAGGUGUUACCAAGUGGCAAACAUGAAGCCUUGGUUGCCCUCUGGUUAUAUUAAGGAGUUUAUGUAGUUUAUGCAAAUUUAUAAUGAGGAAAUGGUUUCUUAUAUAGACAUGAUCGCUUUAUCUAAAGCAUAUUUGUGAUAUAAAAUUUCCAUUAAUUUAGCAAGGUCUCAGAAUGUAGGCUAUUGUAUAAACUGCUGAAGGCACUUGCAUGUGUGAUAAGUACUUAUAUGUCUAAUAAUCUAACAUGCACAUUGAGACUAAAAAUGUGUAAUUUAUGCCGUCAUAUUCUAAUUUAAUAUGGAUAUAUCCAUACCAUUAGUGCCAGGGUAUUUCAAUAUUUUUCAUACAUAUUUGAAUUCAGUAAUUAUGGAAGCCAGUAUUUAGUAUAAAUUUAAUGUUUGCUAGAAAUAUUUUUUGAUAUUUUUAAAUAGGGUUUGAUUCACAUAUGCAUUCCUGUAUUAGAAAAUGGUGAAUCCUGCUGCUACCUGUCAACGUGCAGUGAAAUUAUUGUUCAAAUUUUGCUAGUGUUUAGUUGGUUUGGAUGCACGUGGAAGUAACAUAGAUUUUGAGCAAUCAUAUAGUUGUGAAGUUUAUCUCGCCUCUUAUUUCCAAGAUUUGUGUUUAUGUGGUUCUUGAAUUUUCGUUAUUUAUCAGUGUUGAAUACUGUAGCAGUGUUCAGAACUUAUAGGAAUACAGCUAGCUUUCAUACAUUGACAAAUGCAAAGCAUUUACAAACAAGGUGGUGAUUAUGCAACAGUUGUACUUGAUGGUGUAUACGUUGCGAGAGGUUAUAUACCACACUUAUCGGUCUAUAUGUAUUCAGGAAAUUGUGUAUGUAUGUAAUUCUAACAAUAAUACCAGGAGAAUGAAAUGUA